GUUCGGAGUCGCGGGACCCGGCGGGACGAGCAGGAUGGCGGCGGCGGCGGGCGAGGCGCGCCGGGUGCUGGUGUACGGCGGCCGGGGCGCGCUGGGCUCGCGCUGCGUGCAGGCCUUCCGGGCCCGCAACUGGUGGGUUGCCAGCAUUGACGUGGUGGAGAACGAAGAAGCGAGUGCCAGUGUCAUUGUUAAAAUGACAGACUCAUUCACGGAGCAGGCCGAUCAGGUGACCGCUGAGGUUGGAAAGCUCUUGGGUGAUCAGAAGGUGGAUGCCAUUCUUUGUGUGGCCGGAGGAUGGGCCGGGGGCAAUGCCAAAUCCAAAUCUCUCUUUAAAAACUGUGACCUGAUGUGGAAGCAGAGUAUGUGGACGUCGACCAUCUCCAGCCACCUGGCCACCAAGCACCUGAAGGAGGGCGGCCUCUUGACCUUGGCCGGUGCCAAGGCUGCCCUGGAUGGGACCCCGGGGAUGAUCGGCUACGGCAUGGCCAAGGGCGCCGUCCACCAGCUGUGCCAGAGCCUGGCGGGGAAGAACAGCGGCAUGCCGCCCGGAGCCGCCGCCGUCGCCGUGCUCCCGGUGACCCUGGACACCCCCAUGAACAGGAAGUCCAUGCCCGAGGCUGACUUCAGCUCCUGGACACCCUUAGAAUUUCUGGUGGAAACUUUCCAUGACUGGAUCACAGGGAAAAACCGACCAAGCUCAGGAAGCCUCAUGCAGGUGGUAACCACGGAGGGAAAGACGGAGCUCACCCCGGCGUAUUUUUAAGCUCCAUCUCCAUACCUGAGAGGAACCUGCCAGAAGCAUCAUAGCCUGUGUCAGUGUGGCUACGUCCGGCACUUGUUUUCCAUGCUUCUGUUUGUGGUACAAGAUGCGCUAAUGUGAAGUAACUUGGGAGGAGGGCGCAGCCUGCCAUACUGUGCUCCUGCGUGGGUGGGGCGUGGGCAGCAGCCUGCACUGUCACGUUGGAUUGCUCUGCAGCCGCUGGUCUGCCUGACGGUGGCUGCCAUCUUGAUAAUCGGGGCGCCCUGGUAUGGAGGGGCCGUGUAUUUUGAGGGCCCAGUUGUUUUUGCGUGUUGUUUAUGUCAUAGUUGUAGUUUUGUGGCCUCAAGUUAAACUGCCUUAAAACUCUCUAUGUGAUAGAAGCAACAUGUCACAAACUCUGUCCUGUGUCCCUUGAGCAGUUGCCAAGUGUCCCUCGGUCUGGGCUAAAUGUGCAAGAGAAAUACUUGGGAGUGUUCUUCCUAAUAAACACCCCUCCCUCCUG